AUGGGGUCAGCAUACCACCCGGAUGGCGAACCGAGUCCUCUGUCGUCUCCCUUGGGGCUCCUCUCCGAAUCACCCGAGUCCGAGUCCGGCUUUCAAAAGCUUUCCUUGCAGACCGAUCGACCCUUGCGAGGCUCGGUAGACAGUCUCUCCUCGGGAUAUGACCCUCUUCCAAGAUCUCCGCUUUUCGAGAAUGAUCAUGGACUCGGUCCGUCCGGGCUGGAUCGCAUACGCCAGCAACCAUCACGCGUCCUGACCCUUCCAAACCUGUCGACCUCGUCUCUUGCUCCCCUGGCCACCACAUCUACCCGCCCGACUCCCUCGACUCGCUCGAGCUCUUCGUCUCGAGCGCAUACCGGUCACAUGUCGAUGAGCCAAAACUUCGGUGAGCUGGAGGACUUGCACCGAUUCCCAUUGGAAUCCCUGCACUCCUUUUCUUUCGCCCAACAAUCAGAGGAGCUACUGCACAGUCGACAAAAUAUUCUGAAAAGAUCGAUCGACUUCAUGCGUGACCGCAUGGGAUGGGCGGCCAGCAACAACGCUAUCGUGAGCGCACAGGCCAACGUGAGUGGGGAUGCGGAUAUCCAGGGUAUGAUGGAUCUUUUGACUCGGGCCCGUGUCCUGGAUGAGGAUAACGGUGCUCAUCCGCGGGGACCCACGACGGGACCUGCAGAUGUCAAUGGGGACAACAUCUUCGAGAAGGCCUUUUCAGAUCGUGGUUCGUCCCCCACUAGUACCCGAGAUACAUCCCAGGAACUCGCCGUCCCUCCAGGAUCCCAGGUUCCAGGACCUCAGGCAACCUCCGACAGCGUCCAGCUCUUGAGCCCGGUGCCUAGUGAACGUAUUCCGCAAUCCCGCAAGGAUCUCUAUUCGGCACCGACAUCCCGGCGCGUAAGCUUAAAACCGCAACCAUACGCCUCUACGGACCCCUUCGCCUCCAUGGCAUCCUCUACCGUUGGACUGGGCUUCCCCAUGCCUUCGGCCUUGCACACCCAUAGCAGCAAAUGGACCCCCGUCUCGCAGGCCGUUUUCCGGACUGAAGCCAAAGCACCAUGGACAAUUCUCGCGGCGAACGAUCUCUCAUGUCUUAUUUUUGGAGUCACCCAAUCCGAGGUCCGGCGGCUCAGCAUUCUAGAGGUCGUACAAACAGAGCACAGGCAGUGGCUCGAAGCUAAACUUCAAGACCCUAGCACCGAUGCCGCCGCCCGCACGCCACUUCAGCCGGAGAGACCCAAUAUCCGUGCAGUGAAUCCCAAGUUUCGAGGACUGGGUAAUGGGGUGACGGCCAAACUGCUCAGCAAACCUUCCUCACGCGAAAAGUCUCGGAGAGCACAGACCGAUGAUGGGUAUGGCUCCAGCACAAGAAACAACCGCAAUGCCAACCAUCCAGCAAACAAAUCUCGGGGAGUUCUCCUGUGUGGCGAUGUUGUGCCAAUCCAGAAGCGGAAUGGCGCCAAAGGUUCUGCUAGUAUCUGGGUGAUGGAGAAGCGCGGUGGUCUGAUAUGGGUGCUGGAAGAGAUUACGGAGAACAUUGCCUCUGUUCGCUGUGACGAUGCUUGGAAUGUGGUUGAGGCCAAGGGUGAUAUCGACAAGAUCUGGGGUUCACAUGUAGUUCACACCGGUCAGCCGAUAACCGACCUUUUACCUUGUUUGCCGUCCGAGUCCCUCGAGACUUCCCCCGAGAAGGGACUAGACAGGAUUGUCGCGUUGAAACACUUCGCGGCCCGCACUGCUGCUGGGGUGUGCAUUCCGGUGACGGUUGGAAGGGUGGACGAAGGUCGAACCUUGCAGGUGUCGAGUUUCCCCCACGUUGCAGGCAUGAUGGUCCUGUCAUCUUCCACUUUGAACGUGAUCAGCUCAAACUCUGUGUUCUCUUCAGCCCUGUUCGGCCAAGACCGCCCCGAAGGCCGCCACAUUACCGAGUUGGUACCCGGGUUUGACGAGAUCUUGGAUGUGUUAACGGAGGAGGAUAAUGUACCCUUGGUUGAUGGUAUUGUGAUUCCUGAACACAGUUUCCGCCGCGCGCGAACACUGUCCAUUCUCCGUGACGGCAAAGCAAACGCAGCAUCUGUUUUCACCGAGCCCAGUGGAUUACUCGCCAAACAUCGGGACGGCUCUACUAUUGUUGUUGAUGUACAGUUGCGCGUGGUGAAGAGUGGCACAUUUUUCUCCAAAGAACAAGUGGAGAGGCUCGAGGAGCGCUCAAGUGACUCGGAGGAUAGCGACGAUACCAUCGCCGUGACCGAACUUGUUUACGCGUUGUGGAUCACGUACUCACGACAAAUUCACGCCGCCGGACCGGCAGCCCAUCUCUCACCUUCCAUGUUACCAACCUCGAACCCUACCUCCCCCCCUUCCUCGGGCGCAACUCCCAGCUCCGAAAAUCCCUCUACCGCGGCCACUAGCAGGGAAACUCCCGAUGUCAGCAAGAGUUCCGUGGAGAUUCAAAAGCCGAGCUCCAUCCUGAGCCAACAGCUUAGUGAGGCCGCCUCAGAGCCCUUGACCGAUCGACCUGUGCAGCCGGUUGCCGAAGUUAAGGCAGCUGGUGCUAAGGAGACGCCACAGAAACGGACGAUCAACGACUAUGUGAUCCUGGAGGAAAUGGGACAGGGUGCUUACGGACAGGUUAAGCUGGCACGGCUGAAGAAGCAGCCGACCAAGAAGAUGGUGCUGAAGUACGUCACCAAGAAGCGGAUCUUGGUGGAUACGUGGACUCGCGACCGACGACUUGGCACUGUACCCCUGGAGAUUCACGUUCUAGACUUCCUUCGCCGCGAUGGGUACAAGCACCCCAACAUCGUCGAGAUGGAAGGUUUCUUCGAAGACGACAUCAAUUACUACAUCGAGAUGAUUCCGCACGGGCUUCCUGGCAUGGACCUGUUCGACUACAUUGAACUCAAGGCCAACAUGGAUGAGUCGGAGUGUCGGAAUAUCUUCAAGCAGGUUGUCAGCGCUAUCCAUCAUUUGCACACCAAGGCGCUGGUCGUGCAUCGUGAUAUCAAGGACGAGAAUGUGGUGCUGGAUGGGGAAGGCCGGAUCAAGCUGAUCGACUUUGGAAGUGCAGCCUACAUCAAGAAUGGGCCGUUUGACGUCUUUGUGGGAACAAUCGAUUACGCUGCCCCCGAAGUCCUCCAAGGCAAGUCCUAUCGCGGCAAGGAACAGGAUAUCUGGGCCCUCGGCAUCCUGCUGUACACGAUCGUCUACAAGGAGAACCCAUUCUACAAUGUCGACGAGAUCCUCGACCACCCCCUCCGCAUCCCCUUCCUUCCCUUCUCAGAAGCCUGCAUCGAUCUUAUCCGCAAAAUGCUGGAUCGUGACGUUGACAACCGGUUAUCCAUCACCGAAGUGCUCGAACACCCCUGGAUGACCGAGAGCGAAUGA